CGGGGACGCCGGGGUCUCCGCGGCGGGCGGCAGGACCAGCAGCCGGGCACGGCCCCGGGGGCGAGGCGGCCCGCGAUCCACCAUGUCCGUCAGCGUCCAUGAAAACCGCAAGUCCCGCAGCAGCACGGGCUCCGCGAACAUCUCGGUCUUCCACAAGCCCUCCCACCCGGACUGUGUCCUGGCCCACCUGAACACCCUGCGUAAGCACCGCAUGUUCACGGACGUGACCCUGCGGGCCGGCGACCGUGCCUUCCCCUGCCACCGGGCCGUGUUGGCCGCCUCCAGCCGCUACUUCGAGGCCAUGUUCAGCCACGGCCUGCGGGAGAGCCUGGACGAGGCAGUCAACUUCCACGACAGCCUCCACCCUGAAGUGCUGGAGCCGCUGCUGGACUUCGCCUACUCGUCCCGGAUCAUCAUCAACGAGGAGAAUGCCGAGUCCCUGCUGGAGGCUGGGGACAUGCUGCAGUUUCCCGACGUGCGGGAUGCGGCGGCUGAGUUCCUGGAGAAGAACCUCUUCCCGACCAACUGCCUGGGCAUGAUGCUCCUGUCAGACGCCCACCAAUGCCGGCGGCUCUACGAGCUGUCCUGGCGCAUGUGCCUGGCGCACUUUGAGGCCCUGCAGCGGAGCGAGGACUUCCGCAGCCUGUCCAAGGCAACGCUGCUGGACCUGAUCUCAAGCGACGAGCUGGAGACGGAGGAUGAGCGGGUGGUCUUCGAAGCGGUGGUCCGCUGGGUCCGGCACGACCCGGAGCGGCGCCGGGCCCACCUGCCGGAGCUUCUGGGGGGCGUACGGCUAGCCCUGCUGCCUGCCGACCGCCUCCGGGAGGCAGCGGCCUCCGAACCGCUGAUCGUGGGGGACGAACGCAGCCGGCUGCUCGUGGCCGAGGCCCUGCGCUGCAAGGAACGGAUCCUGCGGGACGCCGGGGCGGUCCCCGGCCCCUGGGCCCGGCCCCGCAAGGCCGGCCACACCCUGCUCAUCCUGGGCGGCCAGACCUUCCUGUGCGACAAGAUCUACCAGGUGGACCAGCAGGCCAAGGAGAUCAUCCCCAAGGCCGACCUGCCCAGCCCCCGCAAGGAGUUCAGUGCCUGCGCCGUCGGCUGCAAGGUGUACGUGACGGGGGGCCGCGGGGCCGAGAAUGGGGUCUCCAAAGACGUCUGGGUCUACGACACUGUCCACGAGGAGUGGGCCAAAGCCGCCCCCAUGCUCAUCGCCCGCUUCGGCCACGGCUCGGCCGAGCUGCAGAACCGUCUGUAUGUGGUUGGGGGCCACACAGCUGUGGCAGGGGUCUUCCCGGCUUCCCCGUCUGUGUCCCUGAAGCAGGUGGAGAAGUUCGACCCAGAGACCAACAAGUGGGCAAUGGUGGCGCCCCUCCGGGACGGCGUCAGCAACGCUGCCGUGGUCAGUGCCCAGCUCAAGCUCUUUGUCUUCGGUGGGACCAGCAUCCACCGGGACCUGGCAGCCAAGGUCCAGUGCUACGACCCGGCCCAGAACCGCUGGACCAUUGAGGCGGAGUGCCCCCAGCCCUGGCGCUACACCGCCGCCGCCGUGCUGGGCAGCCAGAUUUUCAUCAUGGGCGGUGACACCGAGUUCACCGCUGCCUCGGCCUACCGCUUCGACUGCGAGACCACCCGCUGGACCCGCAUCGGGGACAUGACAGCCAAGCGCAUGUCCUGCCAUGCCCUGGCCUCGGGGAACAAGCUCUAUGUCGUGGGAGGCUACUUUGGGACGCAGCGCUGCAAGACCCUGGACUGCUAUGACCCCACCUCGGAUACCUGGAACUGCGUCACUACAGUGCCUUACUCUCUCAUCCCCACCGCCUUUGUCAGCACCUGGAAGCACCUUCCGGCCUGAAGGGGCUGCCACCUGGGAGCCCACUGAGAUGCCGCUGUCACUGCCUUUAGCCUCAUCUGUUGGCUGGAGCCUGCCUGGGGCACCCCCGGCCUUCUCCAGAGAGCUGAAAAUGGAGCCUUCACACCCUCACCCCUUCCUUCCUCCCAGCAUCCCCGACCUACCGAGGGUAGAGCCACGAUCCCUACUCCGUGCUGGCCGGGCUGUGAAAGAGUGACCAGGCACUGAUCACCGGACUGCUGGGGUCUUGACAGAAGAGAAGAUGCUUCCACAGACUCCGGGUGUUGGGGGGGUUGGGAGGUGGGAGGACCCAAGUUCUUUUUUACUGAAGUACUUGUUAGGGGAGGGAAGUGGGAGAGAGGGAUAAGGGGUGGGGGAAUGGCUUUUGUUGAAGAAGAAAGUAGUAAGAUCCUUAACUGUUAACACCCUGUUCUCCUCCUGAAAGGUCCAGAGGAUGAAGGGGGCCAGAGAGGGUGCUCUGGGAAACGCCAAGGCCUAAGUAGGACAUGCCACAGCUGGAGUUGAUGACCUGCCCCCACCCACCCCUGCACACAGCAGCCGGGAUUCGCUGGGACCUGGGAUCCAAGCUUUGGUUUUGGGGGUGACGGGCUGGAGCUGAGAAUGGUGGGUUUGAAUUUCUGAGGAACGUUGUCAAAGGAUUAGAAGAGGUUGCUCACAGGAUGCACCAGGAAAGAUUUCAUUGAGGAGAGGAGUGGGUUGUGGGUGGGAGGGUGGCUGGCCCUGAGUGGGUGACUUUGAGGCAGCAGUUGGGGCUCAAUGGAUUCCCGAGACAGCUUUUGAGGCAGCAGAACCUCUUGUGUGCCCUUUCGUAGCCCUACGUGGGCUGUGGGCGAAAACUUCUUGAUUAGGGAAAAGUGGGAUGGGAGUUAGCUUCAGUGCAUUCUGACCUUCCUUUUCCGAAGGAAGGAAGUACAUCCUUCCUUCCUUCCUCCCACUCCAUCAACAAUGCCUCAAAAUGAGCCCUUCCUGCUCCUGCUCAGACCAGGACCCUGGGGGUGGAGCAGUGACUGGUGAGAAUGAAGUAGAGGGGUGCGCCCUGGUCAGUCAAGUGCUUGGAUAACCCCAAAUUGCCUGCCCCCAUUUCCCUUUUGCACUAACAAGUGGGACUUCCAGGACCAUAGUAAUAGGUUCUGCUGCUCUGAAUACCCCCUCCCCCAAUCCAACUACUGCAGUUCCCCAGCUCAAUGGAGCUGGACAGAGCCCUUCAUAGCCAGAGGUCACAUCUUCCAGCAUGCCCUGGCUUCCUUUUGCCUCCCCAGAGAGCUGUGAGCAGAGGGCAGGGGAGGACUGAAGGACAGAUGUGCCCCAGGGCCAGUGGGCUGUGUGUAUCCAGCUUCUUGCUGGCACCACUCAGCCUGGAGAACCACAGGGCAACAAGAUUUGUGGCCUUUUAAUCUACCCUCCUCUGGGCAGGGAGGUACCACUGAGGGUUGCUGGGGUUAAGGCUUCCAUGUGUAAUGUCUGGCAGGGAAGUGAAUUCUGUUCCCCCAUCUGCCGGAGUGCGGCAGAGGAUGGGUUCUGCACCUCUCCCCUUCUGGGAGUCUUGGGCCCAAGGAGGCCUCUCUGGUGACAAGCUCCAGUAUGCCUCUCCAUUCCCUAAGGAAGAUGCUGGCACCUCGGUGGUCUUGGGCAUCUGGGAGGGAGGAAAGGUCUCUUUCCACCUGUGUCUCGAGUUUUGGUGAGGAGUGACCAAUGAUCCCAGGGAGAUCUCCUCUGGUUCCCCCAAACCCUCCUGGAGUUCCUGAAAGCACAUACCCCAGUGACCUUGUUGGGAAUGGUUAGCUGAGAAGAGCACACACACUUUCAUACAGUCUUGGCUUGCUCAAAAGGUUUCAUCCAGUUUACUGAAGAUUGUGUAGCUUUGACCCAGUUUUCUAACAAUAAAAGAUUCUAGGAAAUGUGG